CCUCUUUGUGGUUUGAGGUAACCAAACUCACCUGAAAUAGGAAACAUCUCUCUGAUUUACUGCCAGUGAGAAAGCACUAUUAUGUGCCUUGUAUUAAAGCGUAUAUAAAUAUUUGCUUUCAGCCGGGUUGAAGACACAUUACUUAUCACAGCCGAUUGGUUUUCCUGAAAAACCUUCAUCAGUGUUUCUUCAUAGUGGUCUAAAAUCUGCAGAAUCACCUAACAUUGACACCCGAAAGCUCUUGAUUUUGCUCAGGAAGCUGGUGUCAACUUUAGAGACGUCUUUUUUUUUCCCUGAUUGCAUGAAGCGCUUCAUGUUCAGUCACGCCAAAGGGAGCGAACAACUCAAUUUUCACACCCCACUUUUGAACGUGGCAUUUCUCUUCUCACGCUGGUGACCGUAGUUGCUCAAGUGAAAGAAAUAGUAUCACUUCCUCGAUUAGCGGUCUGCAUAAAAACACUUUGUGGGGUAAAAAGAAACACUCCCUGGCAGAUCGCCUCGAAUGGUUUCCUCUUGCUGAAGCAGUUUGAAGAGGAACAAGUACUGUGAAAAUGUUUAGCAGUGGAAUCCUGCAUCUGGUUUCACUCCUUUUCUCAUCUUUUUUCUUCAGCCAAGUCUCCCUGAGCAAUGCAAAACUGCUGGACGCAUCCUCCCCUGUUAUUGAUGACCUGUAUGAUGGAUGUCGUAAAGAAGCCAUGGAGAAGUUUAUUCCUGACGUAUUAAAGCAGGAGCUUGACCAAAAUGAGAAACUGCAGAAAGCUUGGAAAACAGGGCAGGAAAGGAGAACAAAAAAUAACUGUACCUCACAGAUCCCUGGAGGAAAUGAAGAGCACACUUCUGCUCUCUCUGCCUACUACUAUGACAAUGUAGAUUUUCUAAAAGAGCUGAAUGGUGCAGUGGAGACAAUGAUGGGCAAUGUUACCACGUAUGAAAGGGACUUCCAUUUCAAGGCCCUUCAUUUCCUGCUGAUGGACUCCAUGAUGCUGCUGAAGCCAAAGGAAUGCAGACGGGUAUAUUUCAUCCAGGAUAGCAGAGACAAAAUACCAGAAGCAAACUCAAAAGUGAGGUUUGCGGGAUUCAACGAGGUCGAACCAGACUUAAAUUUUAGUGAUUUGUUUGAGCAAACCCUUUUUCAAAUAACAACUUGCUUCUACGUCAACCUGGGCGACCAACUUUGUCAGAGCAAAGUUGGCAAAAUAAUUCUGUCUCCAGCUGAGGUCUUUACCGUGGAGAGAGUUGGCAAAAAGACGACUGAAGAUGACGAAGAGUACACUGAGGUUGUUUUGAGCCAUCCUGCUCUGCAAAGCAACCACAACUGUGUCAUGUUUUCAAGGUCUGCAGCUGAGGCCUCCACCCAGUUGUUUCUUCCUGUGCUUGUGGUCUUAACCGUGUUUGUCAUGUAUCUUUAGAACAACUAUGACUUAGCCAGAUAUUUGCGACAACAUAACAAGCUUCAAUCUUUCCUUCUACUGCAUGUUUAUUUUUAUCAUAUACAUAAAAUGUUAAAUAUCUAUGCAUUGCAAUGGCUUUUUCCUAAUUCAUGUCUCUAAUCCGAUGUCAGAAAAUGUGUGAGUUGCUCUUAGAUGCUAAAGUGACCCCCCCCCCCCCCACACACACACACACACACACACAAUCGAUUCUUUUUCUGAAAGCAAAAAGGAACAAUGAUAGUGGUUUUUGUGUGAGAUUACUACCAGUGCACACUGUGCUGAAAUAAGUUGUGAGAAGUAAAAAAGGACACUUGUUACUAUAUGAGGAGGAAGUUACUAUUAUAGAUGGGAACUAUAGUUGACUGACUUUGAUAUCUCAAGAUCAUCAAACUCAGGUCAUUUUCCUCUUUUCAACCCAAACAAAACUUUUGGUGUCCCAUGUUUUCUAGAGUUGUCCUUCAGUCCUUGAACUCUGAAGGAUCUGUUAACAUCCUCAUCAAGAGUCUUACAACACUGUUCACAAUCUGCCAGCAUGAGACUUUCUGUGUUGUGUCACCUAUUGUGUAAUUGUAAAAUACUUUUCCCCCGUCUUUCUGUUUCUAUCACUGUCAACUACACAUGUGUAAACCUGUCAAAUGGAAUAAAAGACUCAGUGGACUAGAA